AGAAAUCCAAGCAAGGGCACGCCACUGGCAGUGUGUUGUACUCACAAUCAUAAGUCCCUAGUAGAUAUCCUUUUACUUGAGGGUGCAGAGAUUGGAACCAAUGUGUUUGACAGGCAUUCCCCUUUACAUAUUGCCACUUUCUAUGGUCAUGUUGAUAUGAUUGACACCUUGCUGGAAAGACGACCAGAAUUGGGCAGCAACAUGGACUGGUGCAGUUGUAUGCUGUAUGUGGCCUGUAAAGGAGGUCACCUUCCUGCUGUGAAAAAAUGGGUAGAUUUAGCAAAGCAGCAGAAGAUAGACCUGAAGCAACCUCUACAAAUUGUAUCUGAAUCUGACGAUGAAGAGUGCCCCAGUCAUGAAAGAACUCCUCUUUAUGCUGCUUGUUUAGCUGGCCAUCCAGAUGUUGCUGACUACCUAAUGUACCAUGAUGCAGAAGUUACACCAUUUAUAGCAGCCAAGUUUGAACAUUUCAUUAAAGAUUUGCUGUACAUGCCACGUUAUGUGCAAGAAAAUAAAGUACAAAAUCAGGAAAAUGAAGGGAAUGAGAGUGAUGAUCAAGUGGAACACAACAUCAGGUGGAUGAGGAAAGGUCUGCAGACUUUGCCUCUGCCAUGGAUCCAGCCGUUUUUACACACUGUGAUAACCCUUGACCUGAGUCACAAUGGCCUGAAACAAUUGCCAAGCUGUUUGCCCUGGAGUAUGCCUAAUCUGCAUUCUCUCAAUAUCUCCAACAAUGAUUUGAGAUCUUUUGACACACCCACAGAGUAUCUGUGUUCCAAACUCCAAGUGAUAAACUUAGCAAACAACCUUUUGUCUGGAGUCCCUAUCCAGCUAUACCAGGUGUCCUCUCUACAGAAAUUACAUCUCAGUCACAACAGAUUACAAUGUCUGUAUAUAGGAUGUGCUGCAAGUCCAUACAACUCUUUAGUCAUAGAAGAUGGACACCCAGAAGCCACUAGACAGGGUAAGGGAUCUAGCAUUGGAAAGAUGAACUGCCCAUCUCUGAAGCUGCUUGAUCUGUCUCAUAACCUUCUGGAGGAAAUUCCAGCUGCCAUUCAAGAUAUUGAUGGCCUUCAAAAACUUAAUGUGGCACACAAUUCCUUACUCCGAUUUCCCAAGCCUUGGGGAUGUAGAUUGGACUAUCUUGACCUUUCCCACAAUAAUUUGGUUUUGUUGCCACCCAACUUUAAUGUAUUCUGGGAUGAUACUUUGAAGGUGCUAAAAUUGAACAACAAUGAACUUGAAGCCCUCACUGAAGGCAUAUUUAAGUUGAAAUCAUUGGAAGAACUGGAUUUGUCAUUCAACAAGUUGGAAUAUUUGCCAAAGCCAGAUCUUUGGACUCUAGGGAGUCUGAAAAAUUUAAACCUCUCUCACAACAAUUUUGGGUAUCAAACAGCUGCUAGUCCCACAGAGUCCAGGUCUCCAGGGAAGGUUUUUGAACGCUUUAAGGAGUUAUAUCACAGGCACAGAACGGGGACCAAUGCUCCAGCAUCUAAUGAUUAUUUCAUGGAGUUUCCACCAGGCUUAAGGGAGACUUUAUGUUACCUGGAUCUGAGCCACAACCACCUGCCAACUGUACCCAGUAGUGUGUGUAGACUGGAACGCUUAGAGAGGCUGAAUAUUAGAGGAAAUCCCAUCAAAGAGCUUCCAUUGGAGCUUGGCAAUUUGCUUGGAUUGUGGCAUUUCAAGGUAGAGAAGUCUCAACUACAGAACCUUCCACCUCAUCUUUGGCCUCAAGGUACACAAGAUGAUUCUCAUUCCUACCGCUGCAGAGACCUUCUCCAUCACUGUCGCUUGAAGCUGAGAAAAUCAGAGCCAAACAGGAGGAUCAAGAUGAUGGUUGUAGGAAGAGAGGAGAGAGGAAAAAGUUGUCUGAUAGCUGCUCUUCAAGGAAAGCCACUGCCAAAGCCAGUGGCCACAAACGGCAUUCAUCUUGACAAUGAAAUGUGGAAUCUGAGAGGAUCGCAGUUCAAGAAACUGUUCAAAGAUAAGAAGAAUCUGCCCAAUGUUGAGAUAGCAGUGUGGGACUGUGCUGGUCAAGAGGAUUUCUACACCACUCACCAAUGUUUUGUCACACCCAAUGCUCUAUACCUUGUUGUGUGGAAACUAGUGCUACAUGAACAAGGUGUUGACAACAUUAGGCAGUGGCUUCUCAAUAUAGAGUCCAGAGCCCCAGGUUCUACUGUGAUCAUAGUGGGCACCCACCUGGAUCAGCUAGACAAGGGGAAAAGGGCUGACAAGAUUGUAGAGCUUACAGACCGCAUUCAACAACUGUAUGGAAGCCAUGGUUACCCCAAGAUAGCCCACGUCCAAGCUGUGUCCAGUACCUCAAAGGAUCAGGAAGGAAUUAGAGAACUAAGGGAGAAGAUUUACAUGACAGCAGUCACAAUGGGGGAUGUACACUGCAGAUCUGAGAGAUGGAUUGGGAAAAUGAUCCCCAGAAGUUAUCUAGACCUGCAGAGGAUAGUUGAAGCGGUUGAGCAGAAUGAGUCCCAAGUCCCAGUGCUGGACCAAGACCAGUUCAACAGACUUCUCAGUCAAGUGCCCAACAGUGACAUCAACACAGACGAGGAUGUGGAACUCGCUGUGAAGUACCUCCAUGAGGCAGGUGUACUGUUACAUUACCCUGAUCAGCUGAGGCAGCUCAAUUCUCUGUACUUCAUUGACCCACGCUGGCUGUGUGACAUGCUGGCCAAUGUCAUCACAAUCAAGGCUGUGAAUCCAAAAGUAAAAGAUGGGAUUUUGAAAAUACAGGACUUGAAAGCAGUCCUGAAGCAUGACCCACGCUUUCCUAUGGAGCUGUUGGACCAGUAUAUACAGUUGAUGGAGAGGUUUGAUAUUGCUAUCAAACUGGACUCAGACAAUUUACUGCUGCCAUCCAAGCUGCCUAUACUACGUCCUGGUGUCACUCUGGAGCAGUCCAACUGCCUGCAUAGGUUCUAUAAGAUGUCCUUUAUUCCCAGCGGGUUCUGGAGCCGUCUUGUCACCAGAUUGAUCAUCAGCGUCAGAAGGCUACUGUCCUCACUGGAAAGAACCAAAAGACCAUUGUCCACUAGAGGACAGUCAGAGAUCUCAAAGCCUAAAAGAAAAUUGGCAAGAACUGUAUGGAAUGCUACCAUGCGUCGUAGAGAUCGUGGAGGGCUCAUUAUAAAGCGCCAGCAAAUAUUCUACUGGCGGCAGGGUUUCAUUGUGACUUUCAGAGGAGGCUAUAUGUCUGUUGAGUCCACAGUAGAAGAGGCAUUCCUGGGUGGCCAUGCUUAUGACUGUUCUGGGGUCUUGAUCACUGUGCACAGUACCAGUGAUGAUUUUGCUUCCAUGGGCUUUGUUACUGAUGAAAUUGAGACCCUGAUAAUGGAAUGGUUUCCAGGGUUACUGCAGGCAGACAUCCAAAGACUAAUCCCUUGCCCAAAAUGCUGGGAUGGUGGGAAACAAGAUGUUCGACGCACCUCAACACUUGGCAACAAUUUCAGUCUAGAGUAUUGUGCAAUGAAAGCUUAUGAAGGGAAAACACAUUUAGUAUGCCCUGUCCACCCAAAAAAGGUCAAAGUUCACAACCUUAUCCCUGACCUCCUCUUGACAGACCUUCCUGAAAAUUUCUUACUGGAUGGAGAUUAUCUCAUUAAAGAGGAUUUCCUUAGCAAAGGAGGGACUGCAAUGGUUUUCAAGGGUCUUUACAAAGGAAAAGCUGUGGCCAUUAAGGAAUUUUUUUCUGGUCAAAAUGCCUCAGAGUACACUCAGUCUAGUGGGUCGGAGGACAGUGGAAGGAUGACAUUUCAGAGUGGUGUCAGCACUUGGCAGUCUACUCUGGAAGCUGCUGAUGAUACCACCAGUACAGUCAGUGGUGUGGAAACUUUGGGCACUAGGGAGCAGGAGAUUCUUGAGUGGAGACAGAUGGCAAAGGGAGCAAAGAUUGUGCAAGCAUUCAAAGAAGUCCGCCAGGAGGUGAUGCUGCUGAGUAAGCUAAAACAUCCCAAUGUGUUAUCUCUGAUAGGGGUGUGUUUCAAUCCCCUAUGCUUUGUGAUGGAGUAUGCCCCCUAUGGUAGCCUGACCAGUGUGCUACAUGCAGGAGACAGAGAGAACCUGUCAGAUGAUGUGCAAGGACAACAUGGCAUGGUGUUCAACAAGAUGUUCACCUAUAAACUGCUAUUGCAGGUUGCUGAAGCCCUGUUUUACCUUCACAGCAAAGACGUCAUCUACAGAGAUCUGAAGUCAGACAACAUCUUGGUAUGGAGCCUUAGAAUGCAGGAUGCCGUCAAUGUCAAGGUGUCAGACUAUGGGAUCUCUACUUACUUAACGCCCUCUGGUGUCAUAGGGAAUGAGGGGACACCAGGAUUCCAGGCACCUGAAGUCAGAACUGGAGUUACCUAUGAUGAGAAGGUUGACCUGUUUUCAUUUGCCAUGCUGAUCUAUGAAACAUUGACAGGACUGCGACCAUUUGGCCAAAGGAAAUCUCUUUCUUCCAUUACUUAUGCUGUGCGCAAAGGAGAGAAACCAGAUUUGAAGGGAAUUGACAUGAAAAUGCAAAUGUUGCAAGACUUAAUGGUGCAGUGCUGGAAUAAUGAGCCCCAAUGCCGCCCUACAGCAGAACAUGUUGUUGAUGUCAUGAAAGAUGUCAAAUUCAUCUGUCUCAACAGUAUUUUCCCCCAAAAGGAUAUGAAGAAGUUGCCAAAGAUUGAUUGUGUUGGAAAACAGGAUACUACGUCAGCACUAAUGUGGAUGUGGAGUGGUGAGGGGGUGGGCAGGCAGUUGUACAUCUUCAACAGUGAGACUCGUCAUUAUAAACACAGUGGCCUUUAUCUUUCGGGUGCCAAGGUCACCUGCCAGGUCAAGGUCGAAGGAGACGUAUGGAUAGGAACGGAGAACAAAGAGCUAGAAGUGGUGAGCAGACCAAGAGUAGGCACCCCCAAAAUUAUUUUUAUCAAGACCUUGAAGGAGGAACCACGGUGUAUGCUGUACCAGAAACAACAGAUUGACAUUCCACGAGUUUACAUUGGUCUGAAAGGUGGGCGCCUGGUGAUACUUGACCCAGCAGAAAGCAUGCCUGCUCAUUCUAAAGCUUCUCCAUUCAAAUGGAGAGAGCAGAAGACAUUAUUUGUGCAGCCAAAGGACCAGCUGGACAUGCCUGUAUCCUGCAUGAUCAUAGUAAACCAGGGCCAGGAGCUGUGGGUGGGAUGUGGGCACUCCAUCAGUAUUAUCAGCACAAAGACAUUUAUGGUGGAGGAACGCAUUCAGGCAUUUAUGCAGUCAAAACUGGUUGUAGGGACUAUGGUGUGUUCAGGCAAUCAUGCAUGGGUUGUCAGCCAUAAGGCACCACUGGUGAAGGAAUACAACACUCAGACCAGAGAGGUUUGCUCUAUUUUGGACUGCUCAUAUAAUCAUCCACUGGACUGCAACAUUGCAUCACCAGAUUUGCCUGAAGUGGAUAUCUUAUUAGAAAGUUCCUCCAGCGCGAGUGAGGCAGAUGAUGAGAGGGAAGAGGAUGGAGAUGAAGAGAAGGAGGAGGAAGUCAGUGUAUCCAUGAAACCACUUGAUCCACCAUCAUCACCAGAAACAGGUGAGGAAUUACAAGCAGACAAAUUACGUCGGCCAGGGGAUUUUGCCACAAACACAGUUCAUGAUUUACCAGAACCAGGAAAGUCCUUCAUCAAGAGUGAACAUUCAGUCACAGGAACUACUGGUAAUGAGUCGGACUCAGAAGGCAGCAGUCUUAGACUCCAUCCUCCAUUAGCACGAUCACAUGCUCUGCGCGGUCAUACUUUAUCAAACAGAGCCACCACCAUCGCCACUCCAUCUGUCCUUAGAGAUGUGCAACCACUAAGGGGUAGAGUGAAGUCCGACAUCAUAUGUCCAGGACUGCGUACAACAUUCAACAGUAAGACCCGGGUGUUAUCUUUAGCCAUUGUCCAGGACACCAUUUGGGUUGGACGAGCUGGAGGAGAUAUACUGGUGGUGAAUGUAAGCAGGAAGGAACCACAUGGCUAUGACUAUGGUCGUGUGUUGGCCCAGCUUACAUACAAGGAUUUGCCUGAAUUCAAGGGAGGGGAGAUAGACCAGCUGGUCUGUGUGUUUGGAGACCAGGUGAUUGCUGUGCGUCACUUUGUCAGGCGACCUACAGCAGAGGUGACUGCAGAUGUGAUAGCCCCUGAGGAAUGUACCCAGUUGCUACUGUGGGAGGCAUAUGGAACUGACUUGAUACAUAGGGUGCAUAGUGUGUGGAACUAAUGUGAACAUAUUCUGAUAUCUGUACUGACAUUCCUUCAUUGCAUGGGUGACAUCGAGGUCUUUAUGCUUUUCAAGGAGUUUAUUUUUUACAGAAAUGUGCCGUGAAUUUCAAAAAGCUUAUUAACUUCUUACAAUCUUAAAAGCAGCCAUCUGGGUUUUUUUGGGAAGCAUGAAUUUCGACCAGUAAGCCAUUGUGCAAAUGUUAUAUCACCCUAUACAGACUGCACCAUGGGUUUGAUUGGAUAAAUGUCUACUGAUGGACAACAAUCACCAGUUAGUUGCAUAAUGAAGAAUUAUUGAAUAAAUAUAAUUUUGAUAUCUAUUGUAUUGAUAACAGCAGCCGGUAGAUUUCAAGGUACAUGUGCAUCUUUUCAGUUAAUUUGAAGGUUAAAUCAUCAGGUUCUUUCAAAUUUCACUGUAUCAUUAUAUGCACACCAAAGUGACUAAUCAAUUUUGUCUGAUCUCUUGCAAUACAAAUAUAUUAGCAUUAUUUCUGUUAAAAGGAGAUUGACAAAGGUAAAAUUUGCCAACUUCAAACUAAUGUAUUUGUGAGAAAUACAUUUGACAAAAAAUGGGAGUUGUAUAUUUUCAAAAUCAAUAAACAUUUUCAGUUGUAGAGUCUGAGAUAGAUAGAUAGAUAGAUAGAUAGAUAGAUAGAUACUGGUAUAACUGUGCCAAGCUAAGUAGAGAAGCAGCUCUUUGCUGUUUUACAGUGUUUAUAUACGUAUAUAUUAUUCUGCAUAUAUUUUCAUAUAUUAGAUUAUAUUUGGUAUUUUAGGUUUAAAUAAAGACAAUUUGAAGUAGCUUCAUGAUAAAUAUAUAGGUGUAGCUUCAUGAUUACUAGAUACACCCAAAUGACAGAUUAGAAAUAUUUUUUAAAAAAAAGGGUAAUAUUAAACUGCUGAAUUUUAUAUGUAUACUGGGAUGAGUUGAUUAUUCAAACCGAUGAAUGCACAGUAAGAUUUAUCUGGUUAGUUUAAUUCAACUUUUGCUGACCUUGGGAUAGAUAACUAGUGACUUGUUCAAAUUACUGAGGGUUAUUGGGGAUAAAGAGCUUUGCAAGAUGUUUUAUUUUAUAUUGUUUUAUAGGAUUAGUAAUUUGACAUUUUUAAUACAAAUCGGAGGUUGAUAAAUUGUAGGAUUUUUCUUGCCAUAAUAAUAAUCAUUCAUGUUUA